UCUGACACAAUAUGUGUCAGACACAAUAUGUGGGAAAUUUAACUGUAAAACCACCAACUACAUGAACUACUGCAGAGACUAUUGCAGCAUAACCUGUAUUCCUUCUGAAAUGUUUUUUUUUAGUUGGUUGUUAACUGAACUGAAAGGAGGACACAAUUUGAAUAUUUAAUUCUUCUGAGCAAAACUGAAGCUCUACUUGCUAUUGCACACAGGGCACACGUUCAAAAAGGGGGGAAUCAUGCUAUCUUUAUAGAGCAUCAACCUUUGGAAACCGGUGUUUACUUAUAAGCAAGGUCACUGAAUGGUUGGCAGUGAACUACACAGCCACAGAGCCAUAUGAUUCAUUUAUUUACGACCUUAUGACCCCUACUGACCUUUCCCCUUGUGUGCACUCCUGCAAAAAAAUGACAGUUGGUCAUUGUUAUUCCACUUGUACACAUGCUCCUGGCAAACACACACUCACAUCAGCAUAUUUUCAGGUCAUGGUCCACUGAAAACACAGUCUGCCCUCCCUAUAGGCUGGAGGCUGUACGCAUACAGUGUUACAUAUGGUGCUGCUGUAUUGUGGACUAAUAAUAUGGAGGAGUUAAGCUUCACUAACUGCAUUAAAAGCGCCAUAUAAGGCUUUAAACACUGCACCGAUGAAGCUCUGUCUCCAUUGUGUCGCACUGAUAUCUGAGCUGUGGAUUGAACUGAAGUGUUUUCUGCUAAUAGAUUUUAAUUAAAAAAAAAAAAAAAAGUGACGAUGGUGAUGUGAUUCAAUCAAUUCAGGCACUGACUCCUCAUUAAUUGACGAAUCACACUGUUUGGUUUUAAUAUUCACAAACUUGAUCAACGUAUGCAUUAAUGGCACAAAACAUCUCAUUACCAAAACUGCUCUGUUCAACGUGACGCUCGUGACAUCAGCGUUAUCACCAGCCACGCAAUCGUGCGUCUGCUUCUAUUUUUACACAAAAAAGCUAUUUUUGAACUGUGGUGCACCGCCGUUCAUCAGACUCUGGCAGAUGAGACAAUAUAAGUAGCAACAGAGAUCGAAAGCGUGAAGUAUUUUUAUGUCCUUUUCAAAGCUGCCCAUCAUGUCAAUGCGCAAUUGCGCAGCCAAGAACCUCUGAGCGGUGAGUAGCAGGAGAAGGGUGCUUGAAAACUACCGCAGCGCCGCACGGGAGGAAUGCUCCAGCUGUGACCCAAUUCCCAUGAAACGCACUUCCAAAUUUCCUCAUAAUAAUCAGGUGAGCAUCCUCUCUAUGAAUCCCCUGCGAUCCAAUCGUAACCGCUGGAGAGACUGCUGCGUUUAUUGAAGAUAUUUGGAGCCUGGGGAGGGUAAGCAUGACAAUGUACUGGACGCAUAUAUGUUGUGACUGCAACUCACGAUGACCGUCUGCAUCAGGACUGUGGAUGCACUCAUCAAAAGUUUGGAUAUUUAAGAGGGGGGCACCAUGCACGCAGCGGACAUAGUUGCUUCCGUGUUGGUUUUAGGGAUUAUUGUCGUGUCGCUGCUGUCCAACGUUGUGGUGCUGAUCUGCUUUCUGUACAACCCGGAGAUCCGCAAACAGGUACCCGGUCUUUUCAUUCUCAACUUGACGUUUUGCAACCUCUUGCUGAGCGUGUCCAACAUGCCACUAACUCUGGUCGGGCUCAUCACCACGGGCUACCCCGGAGGCAGCGGCUUCUGUCAAAUUGUUGGUUUCCUCGACACUUUUCUCACCACAAACUCCAUGCUCAGCAUGGCAGCACUCAGCAUCGAUAGAUGGGUGGCGGUGGUGUUCCCACUGAGCUACCACUCAAAAAUACGGCACCGGGAUGCAGUGAUAGCGCUGGGAUACACGUGGAUACACUCACUUUGCUUCUCCACAGUGGCCACUUGUCGCUCCUGGGUCGGGUACAACCACCUUUACGCGUCGUGCACCCUUUGCAAUGUGAGGGCGACGGGAUCCGGCACGCAGUUCAUCAUCUUCAGCGUGGCUUUGCACUCUCUCACGUUCCUCCUCACACUUAUCGUGAUGUGUGUAACGUAUCUGAAAGUGCUGAAAGUUGCGAGGUUUCACUGUAAACGCAUCGACGUGAUCACCAUGCAGACGUUGAUGCUGCUUGUGGAUAUUCACCCCAGUGUGCGCCAGAAAUGCUUGGAUGAACAGAAGCGUAGGAGGCAGAGGGCCACCAAGAAGAUCAGUACAUUCAUCGGCACAUUUGUGGUAUGCUUCACCCCUUAUGUCAUUACAAGAAUUGUAGAGCUCUUCUCCCCAGGACCCAUAAACCCUCACUGGGGCGUGCUAUCCAAAUGUUUGGCCUACAGCAAGGCAGCAAGCGACCCGUUUGUCUACUCGCUGCUCCGUCACCAGUACAGGAAGACCUGCAGCUUCCUGGCUAACAAAGUCCUCAAGAGGAGUCCGCUCAACUCCUCCUCCCUCAGGAUGGAGAGCAGCAUAAGGAGAAGCGAUGCCAACUCCAACGCCACUAACAACAUCCAACCACCUUCUAAUGCUAACAAGCCGCUCAGCCAGUGAAGGUCAUCACCUGCAGAGACAAGGAGGGUAUUUUUUCCCCAACUGAAAGUGUCUUGGAUUUGACAUCUUACUUCGAGGUAUACACUCAUGAGACGAGGGGUAUGACAGUAUAUUGACCUCUCUGUGAUGGUGUAACGUCAGAGCUUGUCGCCUAAUUACUCGUUAAAGAAGAAUAGAACGACCACUUUUGUAGGUUGUGUAUGUAAGUUGUAUGGCAUUAAGUAUUUCAGUACAAGUAUAACACUGUCUUUUUUCUGCAAAGAGUGACAGUCUCCAAUGAGAUUAAUGAAUUUUGUAGCAUACUGGUAGAUUUGUGUCAAAUAACAUCAUUUUGGUGGUUAAGUUGUUAGCAGUCGUUAAAGGCACAAUCUUUGAUCCAAAUGCCCCACCUCUAAAAUCACAACACAGGGAACGUGCUAUCACUCCCAAAUUGACAAGUUAACAACUAAACCUUAAGUAUUAAUGAUUUCUGAUGCAGUUUACAGGACCGAUGUGUAAGAUUUAGUGGCAUCUAACAGUGAUGUUGCAGAUUGCAACCAAAUGAAUACCCCUCCCCUCACCCUCCCCUUCCAUGCAUGUAGGAGAACCUACGGUGGCCACAAAACUGGCCAAAAAAUGCGACAAAGCCCUCUCUAGAGCCACUGUUUGGUUUGUCUGUUCUGGGCUACUGUAGA